AUGGUGGAUCCAUGGUGGUCGUUGCUAGGAGCAGCGAUUCCAGCCGUGAUUGCAGGCCAGGCUUUCAGGAUCAAGAAGAAGAGAGCCGAGGAGCAGAGGCUGAAGAGCGCCAGGGGCAGGGAGAAGAGCUCCGACGAGAUCUUUGUCUGCGAGAGGGUGUGCACUUCCAAGAGGAUGUUGAAGAAGAUGGGCGCCCUGUCGAAAGACCCGAUCGUCGACACCUGUGUCACAGUCUGUGGCGUUUCGGAGAUCGAUGCCUGUGCGGAUGCCUGUGCUCGAACCGUGUGUGUGAACCAGCACCAGGUUCCCAACUGGAAUGAUGUUUGCCUGAGGAGGUGCCAGAGCGAGUGCCUUAGGCUCUCGAAUACCUCUGCUGCUUCUUGA